AUGACACUCAACUACUUCUCACCGUCAGUUCGAUAUGAGCGUCAUUUACGCGUCCAACAUUCCAUGACUCAUCUGUCCUUGCCAAAAGCAAUUACUCGUUUGCCUUGCCGAAAUAAAUCAUCAUUGGUAGCAUUCAAUCAAUUAAUUGAUAAUCAUAAUCACGCUUCGAUACUGGAUCGUCAGACUUACAGACUGAGUAUGAAAUCUGCUUUGAAUAUCGACACGCUGGCGGAUACACAUCAUCGACAUCGACAGCAAGCAAUGAGUACGAAUUUCAAUGUCAGCGCGAACGUUCCAUCAUUGACAAACGUAAUCACGCGACAAUCAACCGACGCUAAUGAUAAUAAUGACUUCAAGGGUAUCGAAGGCAAUGCAAUACGUUUCGAAACGCUUCCGAAGUCAAAUCGAUAUGUUCGUGCAAAUGAAAUUUCUCUUCCUUCAUUGUCCAAAUCGUAUCCGUUCGCUCGCAAAUGUCCCAUGAAACAAGUUCAAGCUCUGACUGAAUAUCGAUUUGACUCUCCUAUUCCAGUACGUACAUCAUCUCAUACAAGAAAACAAAUCAAGGAUAUCGAUCUCAUCAUCGGUCAACGAGUCAAUUCACCUGAGCGACAACCAUCUCCCGAUAUACAUCGGCACGUAUCUCAUAAAAAAAUCUUCAACACCUAUUGA